GCACAGCCUUGCAGCCACAGAGGGAGAGACAAGAAUGGAGGAGGCUGCCCUGCUGAAGGAGAGGCUCCACGCCAUCACCGAGAAGCGUCGCAUUCAGGAAGACAUCAGGCAGAGGAAACUGGAACUGGACCGAGAAAAACUCAAUCUACAGCAUCUAAAGAAGAAAGCUCUGAGAGAGCAGUGGUUGCUCCAAGACUCAGCUUCCCACAAUGCAGCAGGCUCUGACCAUCAGCAGACCAGAGCACUGCAGCUGAACAUCAACAGGAUAGAAAUGGAGGUGGAGUCUCUGGAGGGACAGGAGUCGAUGAUUUCUGCCAGGGAAAGUUUCAUCCUCAACAGACUGAAGGCUGUGGAGAAAAGUCCAGGGGACAUUAUCAAGGAGGCCCAGGACAACUUUGUUCCAGAGCCAUUCCAUGUCCCAGAAUCCCUCUCUCCACCAGCCAACCAACUCCCUGAACCAAACACACCAAGAAAGACUCUAUUUGCCAUGGAGAUCAAUGUGAGUAAAAACCUGCUGACUGGGACGCGCACGGUGCUUUCUACUGCAACAGUUCCUCCGGAGGAGUUAGAGCAACACACCGGGCGCAAGGUCUACGACGAUGGCAGGAAGUGUGUUUACGCCUUGAAUUCACAAGAGAGCUGUGAGUCGGAGCUGUCAGCCAGCGAGGUGGAACAUUUGCUGAGAAGCGCCACAGUGCAUCGCCAAGCAAAGCAGCUGAACCCCGGCGGGAGGGAGGAGCAUUGCUUUUACCACCACCAAGAUGAGAGAGACACAGUGGGAAGGCUUGACCUCAGAAAGCAGCGAGCAUAUCUGGCUAACCGUCUCCUCGGGAACAACAUGGCGGAGAAAGACUUGAGCUGCAGGGAGACGUGGCAGAGGAAACCAGGGCCAAAGCAUCGCUGUGCUCAGCUGGAGAGCCAUUACAGACGGCCCCAAGAGGGGAAUAACCACAGCAAUAACCUUGGCAACCACAAGGGGGCGGGGCAGCACUAUGGCAACCAGAACGAUGGCCACUCCAAUUCCUACCUAGUGAGAAACGGUCACCGUGUUGCUAGCCACCACGCACGCAGCAGCAGCAUCCCAAGCAACAGUAUGGCCAAGGGAGGCCCUCUUCCCAGGUCACAUGACCAGGAAGCAGUGUCUGCCUACCAACCGCAGCUCUGCUACACUCCAGCCAAUCAUAUUCCUCUCAGCGAUUACAUCAGCGUGGACGAAGAAGAAGUGUACUGCUACUGCAGCCACGAUGCUCUGUGCAGCGGCAGAGUGCCCUCCCCCCUCUACGCAGACGACCCCACCUACACCAUACUCAACACCAUGGAUACCACUGAGCCAAUCACGGCCAUCUUCAUGGGCUUCCAGACGGCGCAGGAUGACAGCAGGCCGGCUAGGGAGUGUGAGGACUCGCUGAAGGCAGAGCUGGUCAUCAUUGAGGACACCGAAGACAGCGAGUACGACCACAGCACGAAGGAGAACAAGUGCUACGUCCAGCCUGGGGACAAAAGUUAUUCAACAGGAAGCUCAGCCAAUGGAAACUUUGGACGAGUGGAGGGAGUUGGAGACAGAUGGACAGAGAGACGGAUGGGGCCAGGUAUCAGAAAGAUCCAGAAAAAACACAAAGCCUGCUGUACAGUCUGCUAACAGCACUGACUGACACAUGGCUGAGUGUCCAGUCUACUAACAGGACUGACUGAUACAUGGCUGAGUGUCCAGUCUGCUAACAGGACUGACUGAUACAUGGCUGAGUGUCCAGUCUACUAACAGGACUGACCGAUACAUGGCUGAGUGUCCAGUCUGCUAACAGGACUGACUGAUACAUGGCUGAGUGUCCAGUCUACUAACAGGACUGACUGAUACAUGGCUGAGUGUCCAGUCUGCUAACAGGACUAACACUGACUGACUCCACUCAUUAACACCACAGCAUUCAUUCCAUACAUGCACUGCAUUGUUUUGCUUGAUUAGUUUCCUGAUAUUUUGUGAAUAAUCUGCUACUAUGAACAGGUCUGACUCAUGUUGUGUGUUAAGGGUUUUCGGCGUAAGCUAUGCAGUAGAUGGAGUACAUGCGCCUCCUUAAACAAGUAGCUACACAUCGGGGGCUACGGCAGCACCACGUCACGACAACUACUGUGAUUCGUUACUUUUGCUCCAGGCUAACUUUUUUCCUCCCGCAAAUGUUUGAAAUGUAGCAAAUAAAACAAGGAAGGUGUGUUUUCAUCCACCUGUUUUUAUUCACGCUUUCAAUUUAAGUGGGUAAAAAGGCCCGGGAACUUAACUUAGACCCAGUCCCUGCAGUCCAAAUACAAUGAGUUCCCCAAAAGGUUUUUAGUCCCUGGGGAAAGUUCCUGCGGUUCGAAGGGGCUUUAGAGCUAAGCUAGUGAACAUAGUGGAGCAUUAAUCAGCUAAAGAGAAUAUCAGACUUACAUCAUCAGGUGAACACAGACAUGACUCCAAAUAAAUGCUUGUUUUGCUCCAUGUCUGCUUGAUAUGUUAAAAAUAUGCGUUUGUUUCCUAAUAUAUUAGCCUUAAUAACUUUGUAAAACGUCGCAUCUGGCAGCGUGUCAUGGACAUGUUCUGCCAAUAGGUGGCAAAAAAAUCUAUUAAUGCAGAUCAAAUACAACAUUACAAGGUACAUACAAAGGUAUCCACCCAAAAAACCCAGUACCAAGUAUUAUCAAAACUUCUUCAGUCAAACCAUACCAGCAUCAUAUCUUUUUUGGACCCAGAGCUAGAAAAAAAAGACCAUCACCGCAGGGGUUGUUUAUUUGAAUGCGGCGUGUGAUUGGCCCAAUACUGCAGCAGCUACAACCCAGACAGACUGAUGUGGUGGUGAAGUUGAGCAUGGUGAUUUUUUUCCCCCAAAAUUUGUAUUAUGAAAUACGAGGACUUCUGGUGAUUGGCUUCGGUUUGGCCCUCUUAUUACGCAUAUGAUACAUUAGCACAGAGACUGAGUGUUCAUGACAUUGCAACUCUCCAAUCUUUAAUAACAAACAGCUGCUCAUAGGGUGUAGGCCAAUUAGUUUUUCACAAUGGGAAAGGAGAGGUAUCCAUGAUGUGACGGGAUGGUCUCAGAUAAUUUCAAGACCUUAAAGACAGCUAUAACUUACCGGGCACUUCAUUCUUUUUUUAUUUACAGCUUAGGGCAUCCCUCAAGGCUCAUGGUAUUCCGUGGAAUCAGCCCCUAGAACAACACCCAUUCCAUAGAACCAUCAGUUCCAGAGGUGCCUCUAAAGGUUUAGCCUCCACACUUUACUCAAAAUUGCUUGACACUUGUUAUAAGACUCUCUGUAGACAGGCAAUGGAUAGGUGACAUCCCAAACGAUCCCGACCAUCAACAAAUUCAAUUAUGUGCACAGAACUUACCUAACUCCAAGGAGAAUGCACUUCAUGAAAAUUGUACCUAAUUCCCUUUGUUCCUUAUGUUCUCUGGGGGUCCAUGGAGCCUUUAUCCACAUGUUCUGGGAGUGCCCGCCUGUAGCUCAAUUUUGGAGGGAAGUAGCCAUAUCAGAAGUGAAUUGUUUUGGCAGGCUUAACAGCGGCUAAGAAACUCAUUGCAAUGUGUUGGAAACAACCUGACAAACUUUCCAUCACUCAUUGGGUUGUCACAUUUCUCGAUGUUAUCCACAUGGAACAAUCAUAUGCUCGUACAAAUGGGGUUAAGGCAGACAACCUUGAUCAAAGGCUCUGGUGUAAUCAGUAGGUGUGUUUCCAUCCAAUUGUCAAGCAAACUUUUAAAAUGUUGCAAAAAAUAAAAAUAAAGAAAAUGCGAAUAAGAAGCUUUUCUAUCAACUGGUUUAAAGCGAAUAAACUAGACUACGCAAAGCGUAGUUUCUUCACAAGUUGACGUUAAGCAUGGUUGUAGAUAGCAAACCGGCUUGCUAAAUCAAAGAGAAGCUAAGUUCUUUGGCUAAAUUGAGAGAGGUAGCAUUGUAUAAGUGGGCCACCUGUGGGUUGUGGCAGAGGUGUCAGCAAGACAACUGUUCAUCGAUGUGUAUACGCGGUGUGCAGAGCCACACGAUUCAAGCUGUUGAAACAAUUCGUCAAUUUACCCGAAAUGGCUUCCCCCAUCCUCAGUCAUGUGAGUUACAUGUUCGCUACGUCACAACUUAUUCGGCAAAGCUGUUUCCAUCUCCCAUUUUGCACAUUAACUUUUUUUUUUUUUUUGAAAAAGGCAAAAACCACCUCAAGUGAGCGUAAAAAACGUUUGCGAAUUUGAGGACGUUUUUUUGAAUUUUGCCAUUUCCAUCAACAUUUUCUAAUGCGAUAUUUCAAAAUACGGCUAAAAAUACGUUGAUAUAAAACACAGCUUCCAUUAAUCAGCAGGUCUUUCAUUGUGACCCUGGAGGUCCUUGGGAUGGGGUGGGAGGGUUUAUUUAAUUUUAU